CCCGGGCCCUGGGUUCCGGCCGCGUCGGGGCCCCGGCCUGGGUUGCUGGGAGCCCGGGCCCUGGGUUCCGGCCGCGUCGGGGCCCGGGCCUGGGUGCUGGGAGCCGGGUCUCGGCGCCGGGAGCGCUCGGUCGCCCGCAGCCGCCCGGUUCGGCGGACCCGGCCCGGCCCGGUAUGGACCGCGAGACGCGCCUCUUCGCCGAGAGCCACUUCCGAGGCCUCGGGGGCCGCGUGCCCGGCGGGGCCUGGCCGGCGCCGCGCCGCGUGGACUUCAUCGAGGAGCCGGGCGCCCUCUCGUACGCCGACUUCGUCCGGCGCUACCUGCUGCCCAACCGGCCGUGCGUGUUCUCCAGCGCCUUCACCGCGGGCUGGGGCUGCCGCCGGCGCUGGGUGACGCCCGGCGGCACGCCCGACUGGGACCACCUGCUCCGGACCUACGGAGACGUGGUGGUGCCCGUGGCCAAUUGCGGGGUCCGGGAGUAUAACUCGAACCCCAAAGAACGCAUGGCCCUCAGAGACUACAUCAGCUACUGGAGAGAAUACAUCGAGGGCGGCUACUCGUCCCCCAGGGGAUGUCUCUACCUCAAAGACUGGCACCUGUGCAGGGACUCCUCAGCCGAGGAUGUGUUCACCCUGCCUGUGUACUUUUCGUCUGACUGGCUGAACGAGUACUGGGACACUCUGGACGUGGAUGACUACCGCUUCAUCUACAUGGGACCCACUGGCAGUUGGUCGCCGUUCCACGCUGACAUCUUCCGCUCCUUUAGCUGGUCUGUCAACAUCUGUGGGAGGAAAAAGUGGAUCUUCUUCCCACCGGGGCAAGAAGAGGCCCUGCGGGAUUGCCACGGUGGCCUGCCCUACGAUGUCACCUCUCCCACGCUCCUCGACAACCGCCUGUACCCUAGACGUGAGCACUGUAGCCCCCCGCUGGAAGUCACGCAGGAGGCGGGUGAGAUGGUGUUUGUGCCCAGUGGCUGGCACCACCAAGUCCACAACCUGGACAACACAAUCUCCAUUAAUCACAACUGGGUCAAUGGCUGCAACCUGGGCCACAUGUGGCACUUCCUGCAGCAGGAACUCCGUGCUGUACAGCAGGAAGUCAUCGAGUGGAAGGAGAGCAUGCCCGACUGGCACCACCACUGCCAGGUCAUUAUGAGGUCCUGUUCUGGGAUCAAUUUUGAAGAGUUUUACCACUUCCUCAAGGUCAUUGCCGAAAGGAGGCUCAACAGCCUAACCAAGGGGAUGGACCCUGGCGAGUCUGAGCACAGCGAGAACCCUGGGGUGGGCCUCCAGCAAGCUGCUUUCGACAUCAGUCGCAUUGCUGACGUCCUGGCUUCUGUGGUGACCCACCCCGACUUCCAGAGAGUAGAUACCAGCGCAUUCUCACCACAGCCAGAGCAGCUUCUGCAGCAGCUGGAACAGGCUGUGGCCAGCACCGCAUCCCUAUAGUGACUGCCGUGGGGACCGGAGAUCGCGUUUGGGGGCAACAGUGUGGAUGGCCGUACGGGGCUCUGCUCUUGAGCCCCACCCUCCCUGGCGGUGCAGAACAGAGCACCUCUCUGCUGUGCCUUUUGCCUUGGCAUCCCAGGUACGACUCAUGCAUACAAUAAUUCAGACUCUUCUGGCCAUCCAUCUGUGUCCCUGUGUCCCAGUGCCUGUUUGGGGUACAGAUUCAUGUUGAUGGUGUGUUGAGUGCGCGUUGAAUCGUGGUAAGUUGGCCCUGCUGCAGGGAGACCUCUUACCAGGACUCAGGAGUGGGGGCGCAUGCACCCCGGGUUUUCCUGGCAUUGUAGGUGUGCUGGAGAGCCUCUCAUGGGAUAGCAUCAGCUCUCAAAGAGCCAUACCCGUCUAUCACCCUAAACUCUGUUUUUAGUUGUUGGUGUUGUUGUUGGGUUUGGUUUUGGGCCACCCAGUGGUGCUCAGGGCUGACUCCUGUCUCUGCACUCAGGGAUCACCCCUAGUGGGCUUAGGGGACCAUAUGGAAUACCAGGGAUAGAAUCCAGGUUGGCUGUGUGCAAGGCAACUACUCUGUCCACUGUACAACCGCUUUGGCCCCAGUAACCUUAAACCCUGAGUCACGUACCUUUUCCUCAGAUCAGAAAUAAACAAGAAAGGAAAUGUUGUGCAGGUUUCUGAGAGCUUUAAAACCAGGGUAUCAGACAUAUAACAGUUUCUUUGGGGGAACUGGGGAGAAAAGUCUCGGUAGUUUGUCCAUUUGCUCAGAGUCUGCUUUUGCUUUUUCCUUUCUGCAUUGUUUAUAAUUUGUCUUUUUUUCUCCUCUCCGAUUUCCCACACUUAAAAUGAGUAGAAUGAGUCUGGUUUUCAAAACUACUAUUUCCUAAUUGUUUUCUGAACAAAGGAAACUUUAUUAGGCUUGAAGACAUAGCAUAUCAGGUUGGGCACUUGCCUUGCACAUGAGAACUUGGUUUCAUUCCCCAGUACUUUGAAUGGUCCCCCAAUCCCCACCAGGAAUGAUCUGAGUGCAAUGCCAGGAGUCAGCCCUGAGCAUCGCCAGAUGUCGUCUCAGAACUAGCAAAGAAAUGCUAUUUCUUCCUCUGACGAUGUAGAAUGGCUGCCACUGUUCUGGCAGGACCUGUCGUUGGAAGUUGCUUCUGAAAGACUGAGCUUGUUGUUCUGCUGGUGCAAAUAUCACCAGCCUCUAACCGGGUGUCCUGAGAGCUGUCCCUGCUUCUGUCCUAGCCAUGACAGGAGGGGCUGAUCCUACCCUCCACUCUCUUUCCCAUUUGUCUUUGCAAUGAUGGGGUUCCAUACUGAGUCACACAGUCUCGGUCAUGCUUUUCACUGCAGGCUGCAUGCUAUUGUGGCACCAGGAAUCCCAGGUGUUUGGGACUCGUAAUGUGGAGAGGUGCCGGAGACCUGACUUGUGCUCGUGUCUCUCUGGCAGCCGCGUGGCCACGGAGCCGUCUCUAUGCCUCAGGAAUUCUUACCAGAUGAGAGUCUGGAUCCCGCUAAGAAGUGCAGCUCUGGGUUCUAAGGGGAGACGGCAGAUCACGUACAGGUUUACAGUACAGUGUACUGUGUCCACUGCUUGAGGUUGGCUUGUCCUUUGGUUUCAGGGGCUGGCAGGUGAGCCAAUGCUGUGCCCACCCCCAAGGGUGAUGCAUGGUGGCUGAGCUGGGGCAAAGGCAGGACAAGGACUGACUCCAUUGUUCCUACCGUGACUUUGAAUCCGUAAUGCCAACACCCAUAGAGCAGGAGGUUGCUCCCUCAGAGAGGUACCGACCCACCCUCUGUGCUGCAGCCCCCAUCAGCUUCCCGCAGUGGUCACACGAAUCCCCACGAGCAGAAUCAGACACGUUCUCCCUGGUGGUGUGGGCAACAGCCUGGCCCCUCACCUCUGCCCAUUCCCGCCCCUGGCCCACUGAGCUGUGUUGAGAACAGGCUGGCACCAUCCUCAAGUGCAGUGUUCUCGCACCGAGGCUCCUCUCACCUUCCUCAUGACAAGUACAGCCUCUCCCCUGGUCCACUCUCGUGGUGGUCAUGGGGACCUCUGCUGUGAGCCGGACGAGUAUGUCCCAAUGGCUUCCCACCAAAGCAUUAAGCACUACCCCAGGUCCUGCACUUCACUUCCCCUCCUCCUCUCUAGCUUCUUCCCGCAGACAGUGUGCGCCCUCAUCUAUCCAUGCAAAUUUGUCAAUGGGCUCCCUGUCCCACUCUCCCAGAGCCCUGCUCUCUUUCUCUCUAGCUCUCUUUCCUCCCUGCGAGUUCACAAAAUAAUGUGGGGGUGGGCUGCUGCAAUGACAAUAACGCAUGGAGCCUCCUCAGCAGGCAGAGUCCACAGCUUGAUGGUGAAAAUGGCCCUUUUAGUGCAGAGCUGCUCGCAUACUUAUAGAACACCUGAGGGGGGUUGAGGUAAGGACAUAGCUGUGAUUGACAUUUACAUAGAUAAAACAUCUGGAAAUUCACAUAGAUCAUUUACAUAGAUAAAGCUAGGAAAUUCUCUUGUGAGAUUAACUCAAGGAGACACUCUCCCUGGGACAUCUACAUUGCUUUUAUCUUUUGUUGUAUAAGUUGUAUUAGUUAUCAAUACUUGCAGUUGUUUGGAUAAACACAGUAAGAGACAAAGAUCCCAACAUUUAGUUCUCUGGGCUUUGAGAAGGGCAAGACUUUUAACAGUUCUCUGGGCUCUGAGAGCAAGCAAGGCUUUUACUGUAAAUCCUGGACUAGGUCCUCAGGCCAGUUCAGCUUGUCCUUCCCCAUGGGGGUCCUGUCUCUUAAGUUAUAACAGUUUGCAUCAGUGCAUUUAUGCUUUCUAGACUGUCCCAGAGUCAGUCAACUCCCAAAUAAAAGGAGCAUAUUAUUAAUGGUCUUUGUGUGUUUAACCAAAGAACAUUGCUCUAUAGUAAAAUAUGAAAAGGCUAUAGGGGAAAUAGAAAAGCAGGUAUCAAUACACAGCACUUCAAAUACAAAGCACAGAAUUACCAGAAAGUUUUGGCUUAUAAGUAAUCAAGACGGACUUGGGGAACUGUGGCAGUGAGAGAUAAAAUACAAAGGAAAGGUUAAAGAUAAACUUGAACUAAAUCAGGGAUGCUAGCAAGGGCACAUAAGCUUCUCUGGGAGAGGAAAAGGGGCAAUUCACUGAUAAAGCUUAAGGUUGAUAUCCAACACUUCCCUUGCGUUUACUUUCCUUGUUUACCCAUCUGUUCUGCUACCAUGCAGGAGUCCCUUUCUUCUCUAGCAGCUCUCCUUGUUGACUUGGAUGGACCGAGUGGGAGGCCUUAGAAGGGGCCAAGAUCUUCCUGAAAGGCGCUUGGGGUGUCCCUUCUCCUGUGCUCUAGCCCGCCCCCUGGUGGUCAAUACUCUCCUGCACUCCUCACCUUAAAGUCAAGACUUGCCACCAGUUUCAGAUUUUACAGCUGGGAAAAGUAAGACCAUGUGAACGGAAGAUCAUGUGGUUCAUGAUCAGGUGGGGUUCGGUCCACCACAGUACCGGUGCCUGUAAUCUGUAAAGUGGCUCCUCACAGGCCAGUGGCUGCCAGCACAGCUUGGGAUCCUGACAUGUUUCUGCUCUGAAGUCUGACCUCCUGCAGCAGAGACCCACAGAUUCCUGCCUGGGGCAGGAAGAAGGUGGCCACGUGGGUCGACCAGAAUGGAGGGAUAGGUACCAGAGGGGUCGGCUCAGUACAGUCAAUCAUGUUUCCGGUGGGAACUAGUUCAGAGUAGGGAUGGGUGAGGUGCAGUGCUGAGGAACCCCACAGGGCAGCAGACCUCAACUUGGGAAGUUCUGAGGACAGGGGUGGGCUGCAUGGCAGGGAAGACGCGUAGAGCCACUUACGUGUGUGCUUAGGAGGGCUGCAUAGUUGGUUAUGGUUAAGCAUAAGUUGCACUUGACAUCUUUCUUUUGGAAAUAUAAUUAUUACUGCCCUUGGGGCGACCAGGUCCCGUAGAGACCUGGGGACCUGGUUGUCAUCCCAGACACUUCAUUUGGGUCCCUGAGCAUUGCUGGGUACGGAAAGAAAAAAUCAGUUCUGCUUCAGUCCCAUGGUGAUAUCAGGGUCUACUCACAGAGAACUGUCCCUCCAGCAGGGAGCACUGUCUUCCCUGCACCUGGGCUGGCCAGUGUGCUAUCUCCAAACUUCCCAGGGAAGCCCGGGUCUCAGGGUCCCACAGAAACCAGGGAUACCUGUCACCCAGCCGGAUACCACAUCCUUUUUUGCUUGAAAAAAUCAUUGAAAAAAAAAAUUCAUGAAGGUUGUUUGACUGGAAUCGCUAUUUGCUUCCUUUGCUUCCUUUCACAAGAAAAUUUGUGAUUAGAUUAUUGGGGUCUCUGGUAAAGAAACGUUUUGUUUCACAUAUUCCUCUAGUUAAAUAUAAAGACAUUGCUCAAAUUGUCAAAUGCAUGGUUUUGUACUGCCUGUUUGCAUAAAUGCUUGUCAAUUGAAUAAAAAGUCAUUUCUGUAAA